AUGUCAGGUAAGGAUAACACUAAUAGCUCUGAUGUGAGAGGCGACAGGGUCGUCACUACUGUGGAAGGUGCUCCUAUCAAUGAACCUUUUGCUACCCAACGUGUUGGUAACCACGGUCCAUUACUACUACAGGAUGCUGGAUUAAUUGAAUCAUUGGCUCAUUUUAACAGAGAAAGAAUUCCAGAGAGAAAUCCGCAUGCACAUGGUUCAGGUGCCUUUGGUUACUUUGAAGUAACGGAUGAUAUUACCGAUAUCUGUGGUUCCGCCAUGUUUAGCGAAAUUGGUAAAAAGACUAGAUGUUUAACUCGUUUCUCUACUGUGGGUGGUGAAAAGGGUUCUGCUGAUACCGCCAGAGAUCCUCGUGGGUUUGCAACUAAAUUCUAUACUGAGGAAGGUAAUCUGGACUGGGUUUACAAUAAUACUCCAAUCUUUUUCAUCAGAGACCCCUCCAAGUUCCCUCAUUUUAUCCAUACUCAAAAGCGUAAUCCUCAGACCAACAUGAAAGAUGCUAAUAUGUUUUGGGAUUUCCUAACAACUCCAGAAAAUCAAGUGUGUGUACACCAGAUGUGUAUUCUUUUUAGUGAUCGUGGUACCCCAGCAUCAUACAGAAAUAUGAACGGUUAUUCCGGGCAUACUUACAAGUGGUCAAACAAGAAAGGUGAGUGGCAUUAUGUGCAGGUUCACAUUAAGACUGACCAAGGCAUUAAAAAUUUGACUAAUGAAGAAGCGGUUAAAUUGUCAGGUGAAAAUCCAGACUGUUGCCAACAGGAUUUAUUCGAAAAUAUUGAAAAGGGUAAUCCUCCAUCAUGGACAAUUUACAUUCAAACGAUGACUGAAGAUCAGGCUAGCAAACAACCAUUUAGCGUUUUUGAUUUGACUAAAGUUUGGCCUCAAAAUGAAUUUCCCCUACGUCGUGUAGGUAAGUUAGUUCUAAAUGAAAAUCCACAGAAUUUUUUUGCUCAAGUUGAACAAGCCGCCUUCGCCCCAAGUAAUACCGUACCUUAUCAAGAAGCAUCUGCUGAUCCUGUGUUACAGUCUCGUUUAUUUGCAUAUUCGGAUGCUCACCGUUACAGAUUAGGUGCCAAUUUCAACCAAAUUCCAGUUAAUUGCCCCUACGCAUCUCGUUUCUUUAAUCCUGCCAUUAGGGAUGGUCCAAUGAACGUUAACGGUAAUUUUGGUUCUGAACCAAACUACUUGGCUCAGUCCAAAAAAUACACCUAUGUGCAACAGGACAGACCAAUUCAACAACAUCAAGAAGUUUGGCACGGUCCUGCAGUUCCAUACCAUUGGGCAACGAGUCCAGGCGACGUCGAUUACUACCAACCAAGAAUCCUGUAUCAGAAAGUUUUAGCAAAGCAACCAGGUCAACAGAAAAACUUAGCUCAUAACAUUGGUGUUCACGUUGCUGGUGCAUGUCCUGAAAUCCAAAAACGUGUUAUCAAUAUGUUCACUCGUGUAGACAAGAAGUUAGCUGCUGAUAUUAAGAAGGAGCUUCAACUUGCAUCUGCUCCACAAGCUAAGUUGUAA